AUGUCCAUAGCUGCUCCAAUCAUUACCUUCAAGGCGGGCAUCUGCGACCUCGAUACCUCGGGCAGCCCGUACACAGUCAAGCCCAAGCCUACGCCGGGAUACAUCUAUCUUUACUCUGAAGAUGACCUCGUCCAUUUCUGCUGGCGCCCUCGCUCUGCUCCGCUGACCGACCCCGAGCUGGACCUCGUGAUGGUUCCAUCAGACGGCAGCUUUACUCCCUACCAAUCUACACCCUCCACAAACGGGCGCAUCUACGUUCUCAAAUUCUCGUCGAGUUCUCAGCGAUAUCUGUUCUGGCUCCAAUCGAAAAGUCAACACGAGCGAGGCGAUCUUAAAUGGUUCAGCCCCCGAGACCUGAAACUGGGCGAAAUUGUCAACAAUCUGCUGCAAGGAGAAGAAGUCGAUGUCCAGCAGGAAAUCGCAAAUUUACCCCACAACGAAUCUGGGGAUGGAGACGACGAUGCUACGAUGGAGGAUAUUGAAGGAACACAUCAGAGUUCUGACCACCACGGUAGCGGUAGCGGCGGUGCUGGGUUAGAUGCCACGGGAGGCGACAUUCGCGAAGAAGGCGAAGGACCUCGCGAAGGAGGCGCGGACGGUGGUCGAGCGGCCACUGUUCCACAAUCCGACGCAUCUUCUAUGAUUCAAGGCUUGCUACAAUCGUUCCAAGGAAACCAGAAUACGCAAGGUCAAGCCCCCGAGAAUCUGUUUACCACUCUGGCCGACUUGCUAUCGCCUUCGUCGACAAUUGCCAUGGUUGAAGCAGCCGACGACGACAAAGUGGACAACCUCCUCAACUUUCUACCACCGUCUCUACUACUCUUGGCGCAAGAUGUGGACGACCUCUCUUCAUCGGACAUGAACGACGAAACGGCGCAAGCUAUACUUCUGUCUCUCGAACUCGGAAAGAAAAAGGAUAUCCUGAAGCGGGUGCUGCGCUCGCCGCAAUUCACCCAGAGCCUCGCCAGUCUCACUGUGGCUCUCCGGGACGGAGGACUGCCCAGCAUCAGCGAAGCGCUGCAGAUAAAGGUGGAAAAUGGAGGGUUUGUCCGGCGCGGCGGGGUGCCCCUGGGUGGCGGCGAUGCGGUUGAGGCCUUCUUGCAAGGAGUGCGCCGACACGUGACGGAGAAAGGGUCUGGACCCGGCGAGACUGAUCAACAAUAA